UGGCGGAUUGAUGUGAAAAGUUGCUUCCUCGAUACACGAUCAAUACAGAUGCCGACUCUGAGCGGACUCCCUUUCUCACAGUGUCUUAGUGCAGAGUAGGGCCAGGAUUGUCUUGUGUGCUGCUGUGUUUGUGUGUUUUCCUACCUAAAUUAGGCUAUGCACAGAGCUAUCAACAUCAAACAUAGAAUAGUUAGACGAGUAGAUAUAGCCAAAGCCCCACUUGCUACUUUUGAUACUAUCGACCUCGGUGACGAAGAUGUUAAGCCUAGCUGCAAUGAUAACAAAAGUAACUCCCCAGCCGGGUGCUCCACGGAUGAACAGGUUUUGACUGCUGGUUCAUCAAGUGUCUUUACUAGAGAUGGAAAAGUGAAAUCUGGAACCAUAGGGGGAAAUAACUCCAAGAAGUCCCUGUCCCAGACAGGCGGGGAGGAUAGACCGGGCAAAGAAGUUGAUGCGACCAAAGAAAAGCCGAGAGUCGAGGGAGAAAAUGUAGCGGAGAAGAAGCUUGAAGCAACACUUGUUACAGCCGAACCUCUGAGACUUGAAUCUGCUAAACCUGGAGCCCCACCAUUGGAGGAUUUAUCUCACAUAGACGACUCAGUUGCCGAUGUGAAGACAAACAAUGCAGAAAAAGAAAACCAGAAAGAACCGGUUGUAACUGGUUUAAACCGCCAAGGAACGAUUGGUAGGGUGAAUAUCCCUAUCAAGAAACAAGAUUCAGAUUCCUCCUCCAGUUCUGGUUCUAUCAAUGAGGCGACAUUUACAUUCCACGCUUCGCGUCCAUCCGUUGGACAUUUAGAAUACCCAGAAGCCACCUCCAGUGGGUUUGGGCUCGGGAAGGAAGGUCAAGCGAGCCUCGUGCCAGAGAACAUUGACCCUAGUCAGAUUUUGUCCCCUUCUAAACGCAAAGCUUACGAGAGACGCAUCGAGAGGCUGCGAGUCACAACGUCCCCCAUAGCCAGACCUCGCAGUCAUACGCCCAUAAGUGUCGUCACCCUAGACGAAUAUGCAACCAUUAGUUCUCCAGAGCCCUCCCCUGCACCUCUUACAGUCAUUCCAGACAAACUUAAGAUAACUCUCCCCUGCGACGAGUUCUCAUUGAAAGCAAAGACUCCAAAGCUGCAGAGCGCCAAGAGAAAGGACUCUGAUGAAAACUGCUUUGAGUUCACAGAGGAAAUUCUUUUCAGCCGUACAAAGUCUGCGUUAGUGGUCAAUGAAGACGGUCAGUUACCCAUAUCUCCUCGGAGGGUUUUGAUUCCUCCCACCCUCACCCCAGCGACCUCACCUAAACUCUCCACAGGCCCAAGACUUUCUGCUGCUAACUCUCCAUACGAGGAACAAGCCAGCAGUCAGCUGUUGUACAUCCAGCCCACAGAGCCCACAGCGUACAACUUUUUUGGUGAAACUGUUGACGAAACAGAAGAGGAGAACUGGGCCAGUUUCCCUGACACGGCCCUGUCUUCGGACAAGGAAGAAACCUGUUCAGUACUGCCCAGUGAAGGUUCUAUCUCCAUCUGUCUUACUGGUAAAGUAGAGGCCAGUUUUCCAGUGUCUUUCAGUGAUAAAUCAGAACUAGAUCCUCUUGAUGCUGACUCUGUAGAGGCUUCUGUUUUAGAGGCACCAAAGUUUACCGUGCUUGAUGGUGAUUCAACUAGUACCAGAAGUUUAGCAGAGUCCUCAGGUUUUUAUGACAUAGAUGAUGGUGAAAAUAAGUUGAGGAUAAACGGCCAUGGUGUGACAGCUAGUGAAGACACAGUGGAGGAGUCUCUUGUUGAUAGCCAUCUUGUGGUCCCAGAGUCUGAAGAAAUCCUGACCAUAGAGGUGAAAAAGUCCAAUUCAGGUUGUGAGAAACACAUUGACAUUGAGAUCAAGCCAAGCCCAGCUCUUCCCUUUGUUGACACUCAGCACAGUCGGGGCAUUCAGGGAAUACGUGAUGACAUCCAGACAGCAAACGUCACAUGUGCUGACAUUCACACAGCAAACGUCACUUGUCCAACUGUCGUCAGCUUCACUCCUGACAUUCCUCCGUCACCCUGUGAUCCUCAGCUGAGCUCUGGCACUGCACUGCCAGAAAGUGCUAUUCUUGUCCAGUCCAGUUCCUCUAUUCCAACUGCUGACCCGCAUGGGUUUUCAGAACUUCCUCCGGCUCCGCUGACCUCGCCACCACAGACAAACCUCGUCCAGGGGUCAUGUCAUUUUACCGACCCCCCACCCCAGGGGCCAUGUCUAAUCCCAGAUGGUCAAGACUUCCUGUCUGGUACACCUUCAGAUUCCAGCGCUAACCAAACUCAACAGGCCUUAGUGGUUAAUGUAGAAUUUCUCAACUCUCAGGACAAAUCAAGUGAGCAUAGCUUGCCUGUAUUACCCAGUGUUGAUGAAAAUCUGUGUGGAUUUAACUCCUUACACCCUAGUCCUUCUAUCGAAAUCACAUUUGAAAAUCAACCAGGGACAGAAAUAGCUCACCGGCCUCCCAGCACUAAUCCCUUUGAUGAAGAUUUUUCUUUUACUGAGAUUGAACGGCCAGCAAGCACUAAUCCUUUUGAUGAGGAGUUGCAAAAUCUAGUCAGUGAUCGCCCAUCAAGCACUAAUCCCUUUGAAGACCAACUGCAGAAUUUUGCCGGCCCACGCCCACCUAGCACUAAUCCAUUUGACUUAGCUGAGAGCCCAUGCGCGGCCAACCCUUUUGACCAGGGGCUUGGGCCCGCUGAUCCAUUUAACUUUGGCCUGCAACCAGCCGCCACUGUUGUGAAUCCAUUUUUGGAGAAUAGCAGCCCUAGAGCCGACCUCAUGGACUUUGUUUCAUCCUACGACAGCUCAUCCGCGUAGUGGACUUUGUACUCUUCAUCCAGGUGUAGGCUUCAUGCAUGAAAGAGCACAAAAAACAAAGCAUUAUGUGGUGAUGGUAUAACUUUGUAAAGCUUCAAAUUUAUUUUAUUUGUUGUGUACGUGACUGUAUAUAAAAUAAGUUUUAUUUAUUUUUUGUAUUAAAUGUUGCGUGACUGACUUGACUCAAAUGACACGGACAAGAUUUUAUUUUAUAUGGUUUUUAUAAAAUAAGAAACUUAUUUUUUUAAUCCAGUAUUUUACUUUUAGUUAUUUAUGUUGAUUUAUAAAUCAAAGAAUAACAUUUUUUAAUCAAGUAUUUUCAUUUUUAUAUUGUUUAUAAGAAAACUAGCUAGUUUUUUAUCCUGCUGAAGAUAAUUUUUAUUUAGAAAAACAUUUCUUUUUAUUUCCUGUUUCUGCAUCUCUUUAAUUUAAUUUUCCUUAUUCUUUCUAACUCAUGUCACUCGUAUGGCUUGUCCUGAAUCUAGCUAAGUGUACAUAUCAAUUAAUUUAAUAUUAUAAUUUUUUAAUACUCUUUAACAAUUUUAGGCCCUUUGAUUAAGAUGGAUACUAACUAUUCCUGUAAUAGA